GGGCUGACGCCGGACCCGCCGCAGGAAGCGGAAGGCGGGCGGCCGAGCGGCCAGGCACUGCCCCGCGCCGCGAUCCGGGUGUGCACGCGCAGCCCGCCGGAGCCCAGCCCGGCGCCCAGCCCGCCACCGCGCCGCCGGCUCCCCGCUCCGCGCUCCGGGUCCCCAGAGCCGGUCCGCGCCGGCGAGCAGCAGCAUGUCCGCGGCGCCGCGCCCCGGGCGCUGAGACCGAGCCCGCGAGACAGUGGCAUUCCUUUCUUGUAGGGCUUUUUGGCUGUUGGCUACACGGAUGUGACGACCCCCACCCCCUUUUUUUUUUUUUUUUUUUUUUGGAACGAUGGGGAUCUUUUUGGCGUAUGUUGGAUUUGUUUUCUUUUCUGUUUUAUAUGUACAGCAAGGGCUUUCUUCUCAAGCAAAAUUUACCGAGUUUCCGCGGAACGUGACUGCAACCGAGGGGCAGAAUGUGGAGAUGUCCUGCGCUUUCCAGAGCGGCUCCGCCUCGGUGUACCUGGAGAUCCAGUGGUGGUUCCUGCGGGGGCCGGAGGACCUGGACCCCGGGGCUGAAGUGGCCGGGGCACAGGCGGAGCUGCUGCCAUACCGGGACCCGGACGGCGACGGGACCAAGAUCAGCACAGUGAAAGUCCAAGGCAAUGACAUCUCUCACAAGCUUCAGAUUUCCAAAGUGAGGAAAAAGGAUGAAGGUGUAUAUGAAUGCAGGGUGACCGACGCCAAUUACGGAGAGCUUCAGGAGCACAAAGCCCAGGCCUACCUAAAAGUCAACGCCAACAGCCAUGCUCGGAGGAUGCAGGCCUUCGAGGCCUCGCCCAUGUGGCUGCAGGAUGCGAAGCCUCGCAGGAACGUCUCGGCGGCCGCUCCCGGCAGCACGCACGGCUCUGCCAGCCAGCGAGUGCUCUCCACUUCCAGCCCUCAAGCGGUAGCCAAAAUCCCCAAACAAAGUCCACAAUCAGCAAAGAGCAAAUCGCCUGUAAAAUCUACGGAGCGGACAGCAAAGUUGACCCUAAACUCCAAGCACCACUCUGCACCCACUGUACUCUAAUUACCUACACAAGGAGCACCUGCUUUCGGAAACAAACGAAGAGGCUAUCUCACUUUGUUCAUAACAUUUUCUUGGGCAAAUCAUUGAUCUUUUAUUUCAAGAGAAUUAGCGUGAAGUGAUAGAACAUUUUCUAAUAGCAAGAUCUAUUUUUUUUUCCUUUUCUUUCGGCUGCUCAAAGCAUCAUCUCACUGACUGCUCAGGGGUUGGCCUGACCGUCAACGGUAUAGUGAAAAUUUACUACAGAUACCACUGAUUUCCUACUAAAAGACCCAUUAUCUGCAGGAAGUAAGCAGAGAUCAAAAGGCUACAGAACAUAAACUAUCAUCAAACAAAACUCCUGUCUGGGGGCAAGAACAAAAUUUUCAACACUGCGAGUCAACAAUGAAAACAUUGUUUUAGAUAAGAAAUAAUAAAAGAGAAUUUUUUUUUUGCAUUUUUCCCCUUUUCUUGGGUUUUUCUCCUUUUUCUUCAUUGUAGUUCUUGUUCAAUAUGGCAAGUGCUGAUUAUGGCCAAUCCCUGUCAAUCCUGGGAGGUUUAUAUAAAAACAUUUUGAGUGUUCUAUAUUUCAGUGCAUUUUAAUUCAUUUUGCAAUUCUUGUAUAUGCAAAUGAUAAAUUCUGUAAAUUGCUUAUAGUAUGUGUGAUAUAACUUCAAAGUAGAUAGACUAUGAGCCUCAUGCAAGCUGAUUUUUAUCAUUCUCUAUAUAAAUAUAUACAAAUAAGUAUCUAUAUGUUUGGUCAUCAACCAACUUUUUUUUGGUUAAAACAUAUGUUUUUCACUUAUUCCUAUAUUGUGGGGAUUUUGUAAUGCAUUGUUUCACUUCCACAGGUUUGACAGUUGCAGAUGGUUUCUGUUGCCUUCUGCUUCCUUCUGGAAAAUGCGUAUUCAAAAUCAUAUCGGUCUCUGAUAAAUGAAUUAAUUUUGCUGUGUGUAUGCUGUGUUGAAAUUUGCUAUGUUCCUUCAUAUGUGGUGUUUAUUGAGGUUUGAGGAUCUUUUGACUCUGAAGAAUGUAAGCUCUCUGGUUUCGACAGCCAUUCCUGUAUUAUCAUCAUCAUUAUUGUCAAAAAGCAGUGUCGCGUCUAGAAAAUUUGCCUUGGAAGUGAAUAUGGGGUAGGUGAAGUGGUCAUCGUGAAUCCCUAAAUUCAUGGAAGAACACUUCUUGCUGUGGCUAAAAAAUGCUGCUUCCUUUGACCUUUAUGAAUUUUUGUAGCUUUGUCAUUCUGUUAUUUGCUGCUAAUUAUAUUUUAAUGUCUCCUAAUUAAAAAUUAAAAUUUG